AUGGAGAAAAUCUGGCAUCAUACAUUCUACAAUGAACUACGUGUGGCACCAGAAGAACAUCCAGUGUUACUCACCGAAGCACCAUUGAAUCCAAAAGCGAAUCGCGAAAAAAUGACACAGAUUCUUUUCGAACAAUUCAAUACACCUGCUAUGUAUGUGGCCAUUCAAGCUGUGCUCUCGUUGUAUGCAAGUGGUCGAACAACUGGAAUUGUUUUAGAUAGUGGCGAUGGUGUGUCACAUACAGUGCCCAUAUAUGAAGGUUAUGCUAUACCACAUGCAAUCAGUCGUCUUGAUUUAGCUGGACGAGAUUUAACUGAUUGGAUGGUUCGUUUGUUAACAGAACGUGGUUAUGCAUUUACAUCGACAGCUGAACGGGAAAUUGUUCGAGAUGUAAAAGAAAAACUUGGUUAUAUUGCAUUAGAUUUUGAACAAGAAUUAGCAACUGCAAGUCGUUCGAGUAGUAUUGAGAAAAGUUAUGAACUACCUGAUGGCCAAAUCAUAACCAUCGGCAACGAACGUUUUCGAUGCCCUGAAGCACUUUUUGCACCGGCUACAGUCGGCCGAGAAGAUGGUGGCAUUGCUGAAAUGGUGUAUAACACAAUUAUGAAGUGUGAUAUCGAUAUUCGCAAAGAUCUCUAUGCAAACAUUGUUCUUUCAGGAGGAACAACAAUGUUUCCUGGUAUUGCUGAUCGAAUACAAAAAGAAAUUACGUCAUUAGCACCGUCGAUUAUAAAAGUUCGCACUAUCGCUCCACCAGAGCGCAAAUAUGCAGUAUGGAUUGGUGGCUCGAUUCUUAGCUCAUUAGCCACUUUUCAAAAUAUGUGGAUUUCGAAACAAGAAUAUGAUGAAUCAGGUCCAUCGAUUGUUCAUCGAAAAUGCUUUUGA